UAUAUGUGCAUAUACUAUAUUGCAUAUUUGGCGCCUAAAACUGUCAAAAUAAGCGAAGGAUACUCGCCCAGGCAGGCAUUGUGUCGAUUGUUAUAGUCUCUACAAGAACCACAAGAACGAAUUACAUACAUAUGUAAAACACCAGGAACUGGACCAAUUUUUAAUCAAAAAAACGAAACGAAACGAAACAAAACACACAAAAACAAUCAACAAUCUACUCACCGACCUCUUGCUAGACUUCUACAUUCUAUAUACUCGUAUACUCGAAGUCCAUAAUUUGGAAGAACCUUUUGUAACGACAACUUUUGGAUAAACAUAUCUCUAGACGAAAUCGAAACCCCAUCCCCCGUCAGGAAAGGAAAGAAGAGGAGUGUCCUAGCCCCGUCCAUCGAUAACCCAUUCCCCAGGAAGUGUAACCAGAGAAAGCAUCCAAGACGGCGCCGCUUAAACCGCAAGCCUACAAAAUUGGUCGAAUGUUAUGUUGUGGCUUCUGUUGUGGCAACAUGUCGAAAAGGGAUUACAAAGUUGCCACCACGGAUGGCAUCGAGCUGGAGCCGUUGGGCGGCGAAAAGAGCGACAAGGAGAAGGACAAGGAUAAGGAGAAGCAAACGAAUGGCGUUACCUUUGGUGGCGAAUCGAGUGGAGGCCGCCAGACGCGCACCGGAGUCGCCGUCUGCUCGCAGCGUCGGGCUCUCCUGGUGGCCGGGAUCGUGCUCGGCUCCCUCCUCCUGACGGCCAUCAUCAUUGCCUACGCCGGACCGUCGAACGACUGUUCCUGCGGGACGAAAACCGUGUCCGGCUAUGAAACGGAUGAAGAGAACAACACACAGCCCUUCAAUCCGAUUGCCACCAACGGGGAGCCCUUCCCCUGGCUCGAGAAGAUGCUGCCCACCAGUGCCCGACCCCUCAGGUACAUGGUCACCAUCCAUCCCAAUCUGACGACGUUGGACGUCAAAGGACAAGUCACCAUCGAUUUGCACAUUGAGAAGGAGACCAAUUUCAUUGUCCUGCACAUCCAGGACCUCAACGUCACCGAGAAGGCCAUUGUGACCCCUGGACCGAAGGGAUACGCCCUGAAGAUUGUCAAGGUGCUCGAGUUUCCGCCCCGCCAGCAGCUCUACAUCGAGGUGAAGGAGAAGCUCAAGAAGAAGUCCAAUUACACCUUGAACCUCCGCUGGUACUCGAAACUGAAUCCCGAACCGGAGGGCUUCUAUGUGGACCAGUACGAGAGCUCCAAUGGUGUGGAAAGAUUACUGGCUGCCACUGUCUUCCGACCCAAUGGAGCACGACGGGCCUUCCCCUGCUUCGAUGAGCCGCAUGUGAGAGCCCCCUUCCGCAUAUCCGUGUUCCGCGAUCGCUUCCACAUCGGUCUCUCCAACUCCAUUGUGCACACCACCGAAGAUGUGGGCUUCUACAUGGGCACUGGAUUGCUUCGGGAUGACUUCAUUGAGACUCCUGCCCUGCCCGCCGAUGCCGUGGCUUGGGUGGUGAGCGACUUCCAGCGUGAAUCCCUGCAGCCCUCGGCCGCCUACAUACCCACCACAGCGGCUCCCUACAGCACGGGGGCCGGUGGCAAGAAGUCCGCGCAGUUGAACAACUACACGCAGCUUAAGAGCAAGAACCCGCCCGUCCGCAACAUCACUGCCCUGACGCACUCGCUCAACGUGAACCUCACGCCGCGCCAGAAUCUCAGCCAAAUUGCAGCGGCGGCCACCACAACGACAGCCCUGCCCGUGAGCCUCAAUGGGAACGGGAAGCCCACGAAUCUCACCUCCUUGUCGCAGUCGACGGGCUCCUCCAUCAAGCGAGCGCCAUCGUACACCUUCUAUGCGCCGCGGGAUCUGCUGGUCCGCUCUUCGUUUAUACUCCACACAUCGCGGGAUGUGCUGGAGUACCUGCAGACGUGGCUGGACAUUAGCUAUCCCUUGACCAAGGUGGACUUUGUGGCACUGCCCUCGCUGGACCGCAACAUGAUCUCCUCGCUGGGCCUGGUCACGCUCAAGACCUCCUUCCUCACGGACCCCAGCUCCAUAACAUCGGAGCAGUACCAGUUCAGUGCCCUGCGCAUUGCCGAGGCCAUGGUGCGGCAGUUCUUCGGCGGCAUCACCUCCCGCAAGGUGCUCAAGGACGUCUGGCUGUGGGAGGGGCUCAUCCAGUACCUCGGCAUCCAUGCCCUCGCCCCGCUGCAGGAGAGCUGGCCCCUGAGGGAGAUGUACCUGCUGAAGAUGGCCACGGCGGCGCUGGACAUCGACGCCAUCCAGGGCUGGGACAGCAUCAUGAACGGCACCAGUCACGAUGGCAAGAACGAGGACUUCUUUGUCCAGAAGACGGCGGCCAUAUUUUCGAUGCUGCAUACGGCCAUCGGGGAGGAUCGCUUCCGCGGCUGCCUGGGCUCCUUCCUCAAGGUGAACCGCUUCAAGACCGCCGAACCGACGGAUCUCUGGACCAUCUGCACCAAAAAGGCCAACGGCUCGAAGAACAUCAAGGACAUGAUGACCCUGUGGACCCACCAGCCUGGCUUCCCCCUCCUCACCGUCACGAAAAUGGGCAACAGCGUCUCCAUAUCACAGCGCCCCUUCAGGCCCGCCGACUUUCUAGCCAUCCACGACGACUCCUACGACGGCAACAACUACAACAAGACCUCCCUGAAUGCCACCGACAUGCCCAGCACAGUGCCCCCCACGCCCCAGGGCAAGCACAAGGCGGCGCCGCACAUGAAAUGGAUCUUCCCCGUCACCUAUGUGACGGACAUCAACAACGUCAGCGAAACCCUGUGGAUGCAGAAUGUGGAUAUAAACUUCAAUGUGCCGGAGAACGUCAAGUGGAUCAAGGUGAAUGCCAUACAAAAUGGUUACUAUCGCGUGGUCUACAACGACGAUAACUGGGCAAAUCUCAUCGAAGAACUAUCCAAUAAUCCCAACAGAUUCAGCAGCGAGGAUCGCUUGGGCCUGCUGUCCGAUGCCUUCACACUGUGCCAUGCCAAUCUGCUGCCCUGCGAGAUCACCAUGAACAUGAUCCAGUAUCUGCCCAGCGAAACGAACUAUGGACCCAUGGCCCUGGCUCUGAGGCAUUUGGAGAAGUGGCGACGGAUACUCAAGUACUCUGAGUGCUUCCUGAUGCUCAGUGAAUUCAUCAAGAUGAAGAUCUCCACGGUUAUGGAGAAGGUGGGCUGGACGGAUGAGGGCGAUGUGGCUGCCAGAUUGAUGCGACCCGAAGUUUUGCUGGCAUCGGUGCUGUGGGAGGAUAUUGAUAGCAUAACCAAGGCCAAGAAUAUGUUGAAUCAGUAUCUGUAUUAUAAUGGAUCGGCCAUAGCGCCCAACCUGAGAGAGGUGGUCUACACGGGCUCCAUUCUCUCCGGGGAGUAUAUCUAUUGGCAGCAUUGCUGGGAGCGCUUCGUUACCCUCCAGCGGACCUCCGAGACAUUCGUCGAGCGAAUGCAAUUGCUGCGUGCUUUGGGCAGGACCAAGGAUGCCUGGCUGCAGAACCGGCUGCUGUCGCACGUGACCAUGCUGCCCACAGAGGAGGUGGUGCAGGUGCUCAAGGCGAUUGCUGGUACGCCCACAGGUGGGGCCAUGGCCUGUCGCUUCCUGCAGGCCAAGUGGUUCGAGCUGGAGAAGCGCCUGGGACCGGGAACGAUCAGCUUUGCCAAGGUGAUCUCGGCCAUCACCCAAUACGGAGCCACAAAAUUCGAUUACGAUGAGCUUAAAUCGCUGGUACAUCGCUUUGGCAGGGGCCAGGGCAUGUCCGUGCUGAACAUGACCCUCAGCAGUGUGGCCUCCAAUGUCGAGUGGGUGGCCCGAUCCCAGACGUCGCUCUACAAGUGGGUGGAGAGCAACCUGCACUCGCACCGCCGAUAAAGGACAGAGGAAACCCCAGGAAGAACUUCACUUCUUCUCACUCAUUUGUAAUUAUGUUCCUCUCAGACAGACAGACGGACAGACAAACAGACAGACGGACGGAUGAUCUUCAGUGGAUUUUGAUUUCGCCGCGUAAACUAUGGAUCUAUAAUCUAUACCAUAUCAUUGCCAAUCUCCUUGGUUCUCUACUCUCAACUCAAACACACACACUAUAAUUUUAGACACCCCUUGAAGCGAACUCAAAUGUAAAUUACGAUCGAUCAGAGGAUCGGGCAGUUCUUAUACGAGUAUAGUUCUUAUAUGUGUACUAUAUAUAUAUCUAUUCCAAUUGAGAAAACAGAAACAUUUUCUAUAUCUACAACUGAACAUAAGGAUCUAUCUAUAUAUGUACUAUAUAUUGUAUAUGUAUGUAUAUUUUACAAACCGACAAAACAUAUUUAGAGCAAUGUGGGAUAAAUGUAGUUCGUAAGCAGAAGAAACAAAAACAAAAGAAAACCAAAGCAUAUUUUUUCAGAAAAACUUAAAGAAAACAAGCCCAAGAUCAACUAAGGAUUGCAUUCUAUAUAUGAGAACAAAAAAAACAACAACACUGUAUAGCCUAUAUUGUAUAUUAGUAUUAGUGACCAGCGUGCAUGUGUAUUUGUGUGUGCAUCAGUGCGUGUGUGUGUGUGUAUGUGUGUGUAUUGAAAUAUCACAAAAAUCUUCCUUUUUGUCGAAUCGAAAUUAACUUAUUUAAUAUUUAAUAAUUAUCUAACAGAAGAAAGCCUGCCUGACACUGAAAAAUGAUCUUAAAUCGGGGGCCUUGAAUAGAGUUAUUUUUAGCAGGAGUUACAAGAAGCUAAAACUUAUAGAACCCCAAAGGGAUAUUCCAACAGAUAUAAUUAACUAAUUUUUGAUUCUUUGACAGACUUCUAAGAGUAUUCUUCUACACGAUGUAAACUUAAAGAACCCACUAAGAAUUCUUGAAAAGUUUCAACAGAAUAGAAGGAUAGUACUUCUAAUCCUUCAUUUAAAAUCUAUUGAUGAGCAAUUAUUUAUUAAUUUCUCAAAUUCCAACCAUUCUUGAACAGAUCUAUAAAUCUGUAAAUCGUUGAAAGCUUGUUCUUCAGUUGAACAACAAUCGAUAUGCAAUUCUUUACAGAUUUCUAUGAAAUUUCAUUCCUAAAAUACGUUGAGAUCAGAUCACUGUUAAAGGAGGAG